CUUGUAUCGGUGGGUUGAGCGUUUGACCUUGUGGUUUCGAUUGUCUUGCCUGGGAAUUUUGAUAUAUUCGGCGAGUCGAUGAGAUGUCUGUUCCUCCCCCUCCUCCCCAGCUUAAAUCUAACGGACCGCCUCCGAAACAAGCAUGUGACUCUUCAGGUCCUGCUUUUCUGGCUGAUAUCAGGGCAGGUCGAUCUCUUAAAAAGGUUCCAGAUUCCGAAAAGAGGGAUAGGAGUGCUCCUUUAGCAUCAAAGCCAACAGAUCGAACUAAUGAAAGCACUGCUUCAGGUCCAACACCUGUUGGUCCACCUAUUGGUCUUCCAAAUCCUUUUGCGGGUGGUGUGCCAAAAUUAAAAUCUGUCGGUUCAUUAGAUGCUGCACGUAAUAAUGCAAUGCAAAAUGUAUCUACAAAACAGUCUAGUUAUGGAUACAUAAAAAGUCAUGCACCACCACCUCCUCCUCCACCUUCAUCUCCGCCUCCGACUACAUCAUCUGUAGCUCGGAAUAACUUUUCAUCAUCAUCGUUGUCUUCAUCUUCGUCGACAACUCUAACUUCAACUACUUAUCAAACAAAUCAUCGUAUAACUCCAACGGCGAAUAAUAAUGCUACAGCUGUUCGUAAUGGAUCAUCAGCACCGACACCGAGACCUAUUGCUCCUCCAACUCCUGCUAGACCGUCAAUUACAAAGAAAAACUCUAAUUCUUCUUUUGAUAAUAACUAUCCUAGGUACAAUUUUUCUAAAAAUUUAUCAUCUAGUGAAAAUAAUCAAUCAACUCCAUCUGUUGUUUCAAAUCCACCACCAGUACAAGUUGUAAUGCUUUCAUCAAAACCAACAUCAUUAUCAUCAUCGUCAUCAACAACUUAUCCGUCGCCAGUAACUUCUCAUCAAUUAGGAAAAACGAUGACUAUACAUGAAAAUAAUGAUAAUAAUAAUAAUGUUAGCAAUGGUAAUAAUACUGUUAAUGAUAUGAAUGGUACUCCUGCUGCACCUCCCCCACCAUCUGGACGUUCUCCGCGACGAAAACCAAGUAGUUCAAAUCGUUAUCAGCGGGUUGGUUCAACAAAUACAGAUGUCAAUGGUAUACCUGUUGGUCAGUCAACUAAAGUUAUACGUAUUUCAUCAAAUGUCAAUGGGAAUAUAACUGAUCAAUCAUCUUCACCAUCUCUACCUAUUGGUAAUCCGUGCUUACCUUCAGCUGUGCGUGAUGCGAUCAAUCACACUCUGAAUUCACGUGCACAUCCAACACCGCCGCCACCGCCACCACCGUCGUCGUUCUCUCAACAACCAUCAUCAUUAUCUUCAAUGAAUAAUUACAAUAGUAAUAAUAAUAACAACAAUAUUGCUAAUUUGGUUCGUAAUUUUGAAAGUCGUUUCACUUUUCAUGAUAUUGGUCAUUUACCUGUACCGAAAUCAUAUCAAGGUCCUAAAAGUUAUCGUGUUGGUAGUAUUAACAAUAGUAGUAUGAAUAAUAGUAAUAUCAGCAGCAUUCACAAUCAUCAAAUGCCUUAUCGAGUAGCUCCUUCAGCGCCUAGAAAUUAUUAAAGCUGUUCUUUUGAUUUGGAUCAGUUUUUUAUUUUAAUAAAAAAAGAUUGUUUUACACUACUCAAAAAAAAACAAAUUACAAAGAUAUUUAUCUGUCUCCCUUACUGGAUUUCAUAACUAUUUUGGGAGCAAUAUAUAUAUAUAUAUAUACAUCAUAUACAACCAUUGUGAUUGAUUUUAAUUUCUUUGGACCAACCCUUAAUUUUUGUAUUGUUCAUUAUGAUCAUUUUUUUGAGGCAAAAACAAGCACACACACAAAUUGUUUUUAUUCUUCUUUCCUGUUUUUGUAUUUCUUACAGUGCUGCUAAAUAAUUUUUUUCCAUUCUAAACAGUGUAUUAAUUCAUGAACAUGGUAGUGAUGUAACGUAUAUAUAUGCAAUACAUAUUGAAUAUAUUUUCUGAUGUUAGUAGUAAUAGUAGUAGUAUUAGUAGUGUCAUUUUUUCACUCAUCUAUAUCUUCAUCAUUUCACUCGUGUACUUGUUUGAAAAACCUGCAAACCGACUAACAUGACUGUGAUCCAGAUCAGUAAUUCUUUAUUAUCUCUUUAAUAUAUUCCUCCCUCCCUCACUCACCCGCACACACACACACACACUCAUCUAUGUAUAUGUAUGUAAUGAUCGAUGUAAUCAGGGGUGUUGUUCACUGCUCUGUCCACCAGGAGUUAUGUUUUAUAAUCUUUGUAUCUCUAAUUUUCUAAUUAUUUUCCAUACUGUUUGUUUUUUUUUCUAAUGAAAAAAUAUUAAAAAAUCUAUUCGCUUUACGAUCAUUAUUAUUAUGAUUAUUAUUGCAAUCAUUAUUUUGCUAAGUAUUGUUUUCUUGUAAUAAUCAUGGAGAAAACGACUCAAAGGACUCCCCCCGAAUGUUGUAUUAUUUCAUUUGUGAACAUGGGUGUCCAAAAAUAAAGCAUAACAAUUAAUAAACGCAGUAUUUUUUCUCCCUAUUCAUUUUGUUUUUCAGCUUUUAAAUUAGUUUUCGAAAAGAAAAAAAGAUUUUCAGCUUAGUUUAGUUUUGUCAUUGUGUUGGUUAGUUUUUUUUUGUUUUGUGAGAAAGUAGCGUGUGUGUGUGUGUUUGUGUGUGAAUGGAGAUGAAAGACAGUCAAGAAGUUAGUUUGUAUUCUGUAACUUUGCUUCGUAUGUGCUGAAUAUUGUUUCGUAAUUGUAUGUUGGGUAACCCGUGAAAAUAUUG